CUUUGCCAGCUAAAAGCUGACAUAUUCUCUUACAUCAACAACUACCACCAUCGUCACUCCAUUCGUCACCAGACUCAUCACAGGGUAGACAUAAAAACAUAUGGAGUAGUUACAAUAGCAGCAAAGCAAUAAUUUCAGAUAGAGAAAUAGAGAGGAGAGAGAGAUGAGCAGUGCAGGCGCAGGGAAAGUGGUGUGCGUGACAGGGGCGUCCGGUUACAUAGCUUCGUGGCUGGUGAAGUUGUUGCUGGAGCGUGGUUACACUGUCAAUGCUACUGUUCGCAGCCUGAAUGAAUCAAAGAAGACAGCUCACUUACUUGCACUUGAUGGAGCUAAGGAAAGACUACAUCUGUUUGAAGCAAACCUAACCGAAGAAGGAUCUUUUGAUUCUGCAGUUGAUGGUUGUGAAGGUGUCUUUCACACGGCAUCUCCUGUUUUUCUUUCAGUCACCGAUCCAAAGGCAGAAUUAAUUGACCCUGCGGUGAAGGGAACACUUAGUGUUCUUAGAUCAUGUGCAAAGGUUCCAUCUAUCAAGAGGGUGGUGGUAACUUCUUCCAUGGCCUCAGUUAUGUCCAAUAGAAAACCUCGAAAUCCUGAUGUGGUAAUCGAUGAGACUUGGUUUUCAGAUAAGGGAUUUUGUGAGGAAUCAAAGCAAUGGUAUGCACUUUCAAAAACCUUGGCUGAGGAAGCUGCUUGGAAUUUUGCAAAAGAGAACGGGAUCGACUUGGUGAUACUAAAUCCAGGAUUUGUGAUUGGUCCUUUCUUACAGCCAACUCUCAAUCUCACUACCGAGGCAAUUCUGAACCUCAUAAAAACUGGGACUGAAGUCUUCGCUGAUUCAAUAUAUAGAUUUGUUGAUGUACGAGAUGUUUCCUCUGCACAUAUUCAAGCAUUUGAGGUUCCUUCUGCUAGUGGCAGACAUUUAUUGGUCGGGAAAGUAACAUACUCUUCUGAGGCUCUGAAUAUUGUGCACAAACUUUACCCUACUCUCAACCUUCCAAAAAUCAGAUGUGAAGAUGAAAAGCGUCCCAUGCCACCUUACCACAUCUCCAAGGAGAAGGCAAAAAGUUUGGGCAUUGAUUUCUGUUCUCUUGAGGUGAGCCUCAUGGACACUGUCGAAAGCUUGAAGGAGAAGAACUUUCUCAGCUUUUGAAUUAUAAGAUAUACCAGAAAAUGAUCCAAAUGCGUGUGUAAUGGAAAAAUAUUUGUAGAAUAUGUAUUAGAACUCUGCAGAUUGAAUAAUUCCCAGACUGAUAGGUCUGCUGUUUCCAAUUUCAUUUAUGAAGGUGUGUAUUCUCCUUGCAAAAGAAACCAAUAAUCUAUUAUCUAUGUGAGAGAUUGAAAUUUUGAGUGUUUUGUA